AUGCCUAAAAACGUCAAAUAUUAUCAGUUUAUCAAUGCUGCAAUUGAUAGAUUGGUGAAUAACUCGAACGAAUCUCUUGAUUUUGAAGAAAUAGACAAAAUCCUUCUUGAACUCACUGCAAUUGUGCCCAAUAAAGGCCUAGAUUUAGUGCAGGUCAACUCGUUGUUAGAUAUAGUAUUGGAUUCUGGCAAUCAGUACGCUUUUAAAAAUGCUCAAAAGCAGAAAAUGAUUUCUCUAUUGGUUAGUUAUGAUUUUAUUGACAUCGACACAGUAUUGAAGGUGCUUAGUUCUUUUAAGAUUUCAGGUUAUUCUAGCAAAAAAAAAUACAUUUCUAGGAAAUUGCAGAUCAAUCUAUGCAAAUGGCUCGUUUCUAACUUCUACAACAUGAAAUUGAAUCGGCAGUACAUUCUUCUGUUUCCUUUUAUCUUCAAUUUGCUAAGCGUUGGAUAUCUCCGAGAACACAUAUGUUUAUUUCUCGUAUAUCUAAUACAAUUUGGGUCAUCUUACAUUGAUAAUCAGUUCAAGCCCAAAUACACUCUUAAUAAAUACAAACUCAGCAUUCUCACUGAAUUAUUGAUAAAGGAUAGAAAAAUCGUGCCCCUAGCAUUGGUAGUGCUAGAUCAUCUUGGCCUGUUUCAUAUUCCUGAAUUGAGUCCCUAUUAUUUUAAACUUCAGGCCGUGACCGAGAUGAUUAUACCCACAGCAAGAUUAUUUGGCGAUCUUGAUCAAUCCAGAUUUGAUAUUUUGAAUCAAGUUUGUAUUGCAAGAUUCGGUCAGGGGAAAAAUGUACAUAUCAGAAAAUUGCAAACUCAAUUUGAUUUACUUUUCGAAAUAGUGAAGACUCUUGAAGCCAAGUUCUCCAAGAAAUCAGAACUAUCCAUGAAAAAGCAUAAGACAGAUGAAUGCUUAUCUUCGGGUGGUGAUGCCACCCUACUUUUUCUUGAGCAGCUCAAAAUAGGAAACUGUCUAACGGUAAAGUCCUACUGCGAUAACGUCGAUAAAACCCCCCAACGAAGGCAGGUCCUUUCGUUUUUGGAAUAUUUAGCAGAGGCACCUUAUAAAUCAGGACACAAACAACUUUUUUCCACUAUUUAUCCACUUUUAGAUGGCCUCAUCAAGAUGGACUACUCACAGUUGGGUAAUGCAUUAGAGACAAUUCUCAAUAUUCGGAAUGAUUAUCCAACGUUGGAUGGUGAAAGGUAUAUGAUACUCGAUGGAUUAUUAGAAUUUACUACCCAUUCAAUGGAGCUUCCCAAUACUGUGGUUGAAUUAAUUACUCACUUCCCAUAUAAGCCGACAGUGCAAUUCAAUCUCUGGGAGUUUGUUCCCUAUUUACCACCAACUAGUUGGACAAUAUUCGAGCCAGUACUGGAACAGUUAACAAAACUUGGAUCGGGAAUGUCCUUUACGGAGUUCAACUUUGCUAUCAUUGAAAUGAUCGACAACUGGCUGGUAAAGAUGCAGCUUAAUGAACAAUUUGACGAGCUUGAAUUGUGGCAAUCGGUGAAUAAUAUUGUUGAAAAGCUGCUAUCAAUGUAUUCUCUUAAUAUGCCUUUGGCAGAUCAAGUGUUGUUUUUGCGGGUUAUUCAAAUUAUGCAUACAAUACCUUUCAAGUAUCUCAAGAUAACCAAUUUGGUUCUGCCAACUUCAUUGGUGUAUGGACUUUAUUUCAGCAAUAACUCAAUUAUCAUUGAUGCCAUAUGUAGGCAUAUCACCUACAGCAAGAAGUACUUUGGAGAAUACGGAUCUGAAUAUAUUGCUGAGAGAUCCAAAAGAAUUGAAGGCGACAAUGAUAUCAACCAGUCAAUUUCUAUUGACUCCUUGAAUACACUCAAGGAGAUUCAUAAUUCGUAUGUGAUGGACUUAUGUAACAUUGUAUGGAGGGACAGAGCUUUCGAGAAAACGGCAACUUCUACAGGAAAGGGAUUCGCACUUCCGCUUGAAUUUACUACCCAACUAUGGAAUAUGAUGAUUUCGAUUGAUGAUAUUACUGGGCCUGAAACUGCAAAGAGAUAUUAUAACCUUUUCUAUGCACCGGCAUUUGCAUCAAUAGUCGCUGGGAUUAUUAGUACAGUGGAAGAGCAACAAGGGACAAGGAUCCGGCUUGUAGGUCCGCUAGACGAAGUAAAAUUCAAUAAUUUGAAGACAACAAAACCAAGCAAAUGGAUUUCUGGUGAGCAACUAGUCUCGAGUUACGAUCGAUUCAGAAUCAGGAUUUUGGACAAAUUGCACAACAUUGGGUUUGCUGGAUUAGGAAAUCUACUUUUCAGUUCACUAAGAAGUCUUUCAAUUAUGCGUGCAGGUCAGAUCGAAAAUGCAGUUUGA